AUGAUGAAUGGUACUGUUAAGGGUUUCUUUUCGGGCGAUCGAGGUCUUCGUCAAGGUGAUCCUCUGUCUCCGUAUUUGUUUAUCAUUCAACAAGAGGUCCUUUCCAAAUUGAUCCGUAGGAGCAUGCGAGAGAGUCAGUUUGGCCUUUUCUCUCAAGCACAAGGUGCACCUAUUGUCUCCUAUUUGAUGUAUGCUGAUGAUGUCAUGAUUUUUUCUAAUGGAAGUCAGAGGUCGGUGCGGGUCCUGCAACAAAUUCUGAGAGGUGGUAAGGACAAACUAUCAAUGUUCAAAAAUCUGCUUUGUAUUGUUCAGAUAAAAUUCCUAAUAGGCACAAGCAGCGGCUCUUACGUCCCUCAAGUUACUAUUUCCAAGAUUAUGAAAUUGAUGAGCUCUUUCUUUUGGGGGGAAGCCAAUGGGCGUGAGAAAAAGAAAUGGGUGUCGUGGAAUCAUAUUUGUAAACCUGCAGAAGAAGGGGGGCUUGGUGUACGAAGUCUUCAAGACACUCAAAAAGCCUUACAUAUGCGUUUUGCUUGGUACCUUAUUCAAGAUCUUGAAAAUAGAAAGCUAGGAGUUGGUUUAGGUGUGCUAACUCCUCUUCGCAAGUGGGCUUUAUUGUUGGCAUCAUCGCAGUUAUUGUUACUUGGCGUUUAUGGAGGAGGAGGUGUCUAG